AUGCUACCUAACCUGCGGGGACUGGUCCUACAAGUGUAUGUGCACCGUCUGCUAGCAGCACUCUAUCGCGUUUCAUUGCUGCUACUCUGCUUUUCUAUCGGUCUCCUUGUCUGGCAUGGUCGACUUAUCGGUCGCGGAGAGACCAGUGUGGAGUACCACCAGAACCGCCAACUGGCUCGUCGUAUGCGCAAACGACAUCUAGUAUUCCGCAACUACUACGACUUUGGCUGGCAACGCAAUUGGAUGCGUUUCCUGGGCCUCGAGGCACCGGUGGAUACCAGAGUCUGGCAGACGGGAAAGAAAGUCCCCCCGCUGACCUACACCCAUCGUGUAUUGAUCUACGUUCUACUACCUUCAUUCCGCGACGCGCCCUGUGAUAGUCCUGACGGCCUCAGCUAUGAAUUGGCCAGGGUCAGCGUGGAGACCAUCCUUUCCGACCUGGCUGAUCUCAGCAUUAAUGAGCAGUCGUCCCAGUCGAGUAAGCAGCUUCUUGAACAAGUGACAACGCGAAAAUUGACCUAA